UUAGGUUUGCGUUAUCACGUGACGAACCCCAUUGCCUUACUAACGUUCAUUCCCUGUUAAGGAGGGGAACGCAGUCAUGGCGGAAACAUGUGGCCAAGUGCUCCUGGGAUCCGGGCUAACUAUCCUCUCCCACCCUCUUAUGUACAUUAAGGUUUUAGUACAGGUGGGACAUGAACCUCUUCCACCCACUCUUGGCAAGACUGUUUUUGGCAGACAGGUUUAUCAUCUUCCUGGACUCUUUGCUUAUGCCAAACACAUAACAAAGAUUGAUGGAAAGUCAGGCCUGUUUAAAGGUCUUACCCCCAGAUUGUGUGCGGGGACCAUCGGCACUAUUGUCCACAGUAAAGUGCUGCAGAAAUGCCAGGAGAGCAAACUAGAGGUCAUGAAAAGUGACCAGAAGGCAGAGGAGGGAUCUCUGCGCCAUGUAGUCAAUGAGACAACAAAGGAGAUGAUAGCACGCUCCUGUGCCACAAUUGUCACACAUCCAUUCCAUGUGAUCACCCUUAGAUGCAUGGUCCAGUUUAUCGGAAGGGAAACAAAGUACAGUGGUGUCUUUGACUCCGUUAUCACUAUCUACAGAGAAGAGGGAAUCCUUGGGUUUUUUGCUGGCCUCAUCCCACGUCUUCUUGGCGAUAUCUUCUCUCUGUGGAUCUGCAACAUGCUUGCUCAUUUUAUCAACUCUUAUGCAAUAGAUGACUCGAUGAGUCAUACGAAUGAAAUGAAGAACUGCUCUCAAGCUGCCACUGGGUUUUUUGCCAGUAUGCUGACAUACCCUUUUGUGUUGGUUUCCAACUUGAUGACAGUCAAUAACUGUGGAUUGACCGGUGGGUUACCACCUUACUCUGAAACCUAUAAAACCUGGGUUGACUGCUGGAGGCACCUGGGCCGAGAGGGUAAUAUGAGCAGAGGCAACAGUUUAUUCUUCAGGAAGGUGCCGGUGGGGAAGUUGUACUCCAUUGACCAAAAGCGAUUUUUCUGAAGGGACAUGCCAACAGCAUAAAUCUAUACAUGAAAUAGAUUGGGUCGGGGAAACUCCUAAUAUUUUGUAUGCACUUGUUCAUGAUGAUUGGGUAUUUCUGUUUAAUUUUUUGGAUAAUCGGUGAGUCAGCUUCCAGGAUUUUCUUCUCCAUUAAAUUAAUCGAAAGUUUUGUUGAUUUUGGAAAACUUAUUUUAAUAUUUGUAUCAGAAAUACCUCUUUUUAAAAGAGGUUUAAUGUCAAAGGCAUUCACAACUUAAUAUAAAUUAUAUUGCUCCUCAUUCUUCCUGGCAAAAAAAAGGUAAAAAUAACCAGACCUACAUUAACAGGCCAUUUGCUUAAUAUGGCUUACAGCAAGGUCUUUGCCUGCCAGCACUUAUUUACAGAAUGAAGUUGUUCUGAAUCUGAAGCUGUAUAUGUAGCCAUUAAAAUAAUGAGUUGUGUUAAAUGGUAGCUCCUAAUCGUGUGCUGCAUGUGUGUGUGUAUGUACACAUGCUUGUGUGUGACCUCACACAGACUUUUUUUAUUUUGCCUGGGUUCUCAAACCGGUCCAGGUUUGCCCUUUGGAGAGUGAGAACGCCCAGCUGCUGAGCUAGAUAGAGUUCAUACAACCCACUGGUAUGAGUCAUGCUGUGAGAGAGAUGUGUGUGAGCUCUCUCUCUCUCUUCUUCCCUCAUGCUUUCUUUUACCAUGUUCACCAACACAUUGCUUGCUUGGAUUAAUUUGGGCUGUAUAUUUUUAAUAACAUUCUGAUUUAUCCCAAAAAAUCCAAGUAUGCCUUUUAUUGGUGUGCUUCAGUUUUUUUUUUUUUCCUUCACUAGGAUUGCUACCUGCCUGUUUGUAUAUGUCCAUAUGCAUAAAUACAAUUGGACUGUACCAUUAAAACAAUCUAAUGUCAAAAUUGUGUAAUUGUGAAGCAUUAUAAAAGUACAUGGGCCUAAAGUGUGAGAUUUGUUGUUAUUUAAAUGCUGUUUCUCUUCGCAUUUUCCGUUUUGUCCUAAUAAGAUGCACACACUUUUUUUUCCAGAGUUAAUGCAGUCAACUCCUUAAAUGUUCUUUCAAUUUGGUGAAAAGGAAAAAUUGGAAAUAACAUUAAAUGUUAUUUUUAAGAUUAAAUAUUACUUGCGAAACCCUGGUUUUGGUUUUGAUAUUGGCUCUCAGUGUAUUUUAAAUUUGUUUCAUUUGUUUAAAAUUAAAGUUUACAAGAUUGGGCAAAGUGA